CGAUGGCGAACGUACUGAGUGGCAAGUGUCACCAUUGCCAUGCAUCGGCGCUCUAGUCUAACGUCGCCGUACUGUUGAUUUUCCUCUAAAUCAUUGACUGAUCUAAUGAUAUGUUCCGCACAACAACUCGGCUAAUUUUUUCCCUAUCACCUAGGUCUUCAUACUAGCGCCCAAGGCUUGAAUUCGAGCAUGGCCAACAGACUGCCCGGCAAGUAUCGGCCCAAUCUAACUGGUUCGACUGGCAGCAGACUGCCUGGAAAGGGCAGCGCGCCUGGAACCUCUUCUAACAUCCUGUAUGACAUCAAAAAGCGAUCACACAGUGACCACGCCGGAUCGUCCACGGACUCCUCCUCUUCGGUUAAGAAGGCCCGCCACAGCUUUGGUGGCACUAAGCCAUCGGACCUAACGAGCAUGGUGAACGCUCUUGGACCCGCCAAGCCUAAGCCGACCGGCGGUAUGGCUAGUGCUGGUUCGACUUCCGCCGAGUCGGCUAACAAGUCCGCAGACAAAGGGCUACCCGACGGAGUGCUCUCAUGCACCUUGUACCGUCACCAGGAGGCUGCUCUCCAGUGGAUGAAGGAGAAAGAGCUCAACAGGAAGAAUAAGGGAGGAAUUCUCGCGGAUGAGAUGGGUCUUGGUAAAACAGUUACGACCAUAUCCCUGAUGCUCAGCCACAAGGCUGAUCCCUCUUCGCCCGGUGUGAAGACAAACUUGAUCGUUGCGCCCAAUGCACUCCUCAAGCAAUGGGCCGAAGAGAUCAAGAAAAAGAUCUUGCCGCGGCACAGCAUGAGUGUCUUUGAACACCACACACGAAAGGGAUCAUGGGAAGUCCUCCGCAAGCACGAUGUCGUGCUUACAACCUACGGAAGUCUGAUGUCUGAGCUCAAGACACUAGAACAGCUGACGAAGAAGACCGAUGGCAAGGAUCCGGACAUCAGCGACGACGAGCUCACCCGCUGCUGUCCUUUGCUUGGCCCACACUGUGUCUUCCUGCGCGUGAUUCUUGAUGAAGCCCAAAACAUCAAGAACCGUAAGGCUAAGUGUGCGAGCGCCGCCUACCUUCUGAAGGCCACCUAUCGAUGGUGCCUGACAGGUACGCCUAUGCAAAAUGGCCCCAAGGAUCUCGCGUCCUUGAUUCACUUCUUGAAGAUCGCACCCUGGUCUAGCUUCGAUUUGUUCUCUGAGAACUUCAAGGUCCUAGAGCCCAGAAACCGUGGCUCUGAGACUCAAUGUCGUGCCGCAGAGAUGCAGUUAUCCGCCAUCCUGAACGAUAUUACGCUUCAGCGUAAUAUGCGUACGAAGAUCGACGGAAAGCCAAUCUUGGACAUGGUUCAGAAGGUCGAGGUAGUUGAUCACGCCGUGUUUGACGAAGUCCAGCGAAAGUUCUACAUCGACCUCCAGCAGAACUCACAAAUCGAGAUCAGUACCUAUAUGGAUGAUGGUACAGUGGGACUGCGUUACCAAAAGAUGAAGACGCUUUUUCUUCGACUCCGACAGGCAUGCUGCCAUCCUCAGCUGAUUCCUACCGAUGGAUUCGCCGGCGAGGAAAAUUUUGAUUCUCGAACAGCCGGAGCAGCAAAGCGCAUAAAAGAGGACAGAACCAAGCGUAUCAUUGAAGGUAGUGAUGCCUUCAAGUGUUCCUUCUGUGACAAGUCCAUCAAGAUCAAGUCACCGCAUAUCAUGUCUCCUUGCGGACACUCACUUUGUGACAAGUGCAUUGACGAAUUCAUUGAGGAAGAGUUAGAGGAGGGUCGCCGUGCGGACAAAAAGAAGAAUAUGUUCCGUUGUGUCAGAUGUGUCAACGGCACUAGCCAUGCAGGUCCCAAAGGUUCCGAGAUGACCUCCUUUGAUGCUAUCCAGGCUCUGUACGACUCCCGAAAGGCCGAUAAUGCGCUCUUAGAUGCGUUGCCGUUAGGAGAUGGAGCCAAAAAGGAAGCAAAGCACGGCAAAGGCAAAGCCGAACAUCAUGACGAGGAUGAGGAAGACGGUGAUAGUGACACCGACGAUGGAGGUGAUUGGGAAGACGAGGUCGAUGACGAUACAGGUAUGAACGUCGUCCAGAAGCUUCGUGAAAAGUCCAGAGGCAACCAGCAGGCCCGUGAGCACUACAUGCAAUAUCUCCAUGAAAACUGGAAACCCUCGGCAAAGGUGUCCAAAUGUGCGGACAUCAUCGAGGAGGUUCUAAAGACCACGCAGGAGAAAGUCAUUGUCUUCUCUUCCUGGACCUUUUUCCUCGAUCUCAUCGAAGUUUACAUCAUUAACCGACUGAAGGUUAAGGUUACCCGGUACGAUGGCAGUCUCUCGGGUAGGGUGCGCGAUAAGCGCAUUCACGAAUUCAAUAACGAUCCGGAAGCCAAGAUUAUUUUGAUGUCCCUUCGAGCGGGUAACGCGGGUCUGAACCUCACAGUUGCUUCCCAAGUUAUCAUCAUGGAUCCCUUCUGGAAUCCUUACGUCGAGGACCAAGCAAUCGGCCGCGCCUAUCGAAUUGGGCAGACGCGUAAGGUCACUGUACAUCGUAUCCUAGUCAAGGGUACAGUUGAGGACCAGAUCACCGCGCGUCAGCAAGAGAAGCGAGACGUUAUCGAGAGUGUAAGGGAAGGCGAAAAGUCCGGUGCUAUCCGCAAUGCGAGCACCCUUACCGCAACUGAGCUGCUUGGACUCCUCAUGGUUGCUCCCUCUCUCUGAUUCUCCUAACUUCUUCGAUCUUCGUCCGAGUGUGAGGUUUCUACUGAUGGUGGCGGUGAGACGGAUUGAGGUUAGACGGGGCGGAUGAGUUACGAAUCGACGCAGCUUGGGCGUUCGGUGUGUAAAAGUGUUUUUUCCCAGAGCACUCGUUGAGAGUUGCUUCAUUGUUUGAGUACUACAGAAUUGGCUUGAUUUCACGACCCUAGGAUCAUAUCGUAUCGCCAGUCUGUUAAAUAGAUAUAAUGAUUAAAAAAUUUCUAAAAAAUCCCUUACGCGUUCGGACAGCUUUUUUUUUGAGUUGCUCAAAGUUCUGAUAUGUUACGUUAAGGUUCAUUCGAAAGAAUAAGAUGAUUAGGUCGGUAGAUCUUUGCCGAAUUGCUCGCACCGUUUGCGUAUAACUUAAGGCCGUUGCGUAACUAUCGUGGAUUCCCAAGUGCUGUAGACAGAAGCU